AUGAGACUCGCGUAUGUUUUAAUUCACAGUGUGUUGCUGUUUUCCAAUAGUAUUGAGUGUUUCCAAAUAAAAAUAAAAGUGAACGCUGGUGACGACACAAGUAAUCCUAAAUCGGAUAUUUACCUUGACUCUUUACAACUGAUAAAGAGAUAUAAUUAUCCUGUGGAGACUCAUAUAGUGGUAACCGAAGAUGGUUAUCUAUUAAAGACGUUCCGUAUACCUAGCGAGGGCCCGCCGGUUUUAUUAGUGCACGGAAUUGGUGACAGCUCAGACUCCUGGCUGGUACUCGGCCCGACCAAUUCGUUGGCUUUCUUGCUAGCUGAUGCCGGUUUCGACGUUUGGUUACACAAUUCCAGAGGAAACAGAUAUUGUAAGAAGCACGUGAACAGUUUGCCUGAAAAAGAAUUUUUCAACUAUAGUUUCGAGGAAAUGGGCACUCACGACUUGCCGGCUACCGUAGAUUAUAUUUUGAGAGAAACUUUAAAGACGAAAUUGACAUACGUCGGUUACUCGCAAGGCACGACUACGUUUUUUAUUAUGUGUAGCACGAAACCGGAAUAUAAUGAGAAAAUAAAUUACGCUGUGCUCCUAGCUCCAGUUGCUUGGUUAACGUUCACCAGAUACCCGUUUAUCAAUUUUUUUAACCACAUCCUAGGUGGUCUUGUGAACUUUUCCGAGCGUCAUCAAGUGCAUGAGGUUUUUCCUUUUAAUAAGAAAUUAAACUUUUAUCAUGCUAAAGUCUGUAACACUACAGCGUCAUAUAGUUUUUUGUGCCAAGUGGAGUUGUACUUAAAUUUUGGUUUGAAUCGAUUAUCUGAUUUGACACCGGAACGAUUGCCUGUCAUCACAAGUCACAUACCAUCGGGUUCAUCAGCAAAAACAUUUUUCCACUUUAUUCAACUUUACGCCAGCAAGAGAUUCCAGCGAUAUGAUUACGGAUUGAAGAAGAAUAAGGAGGUAUAUUUUUCUUCAGUUCCACCUGAGUAUAAUAUUUCAUUGGUUUCAGUUCCUAAUACGAUAUUUGUCAGUGAAGUGGACUGGUUUAGUGAUAGAGACGAUACAAAUUUACUUAAAUCGAAGCUAAAAAACAUCGAACAAUUUGUAGUUAUCAAUAAAAGUUUUGAGUUUACUCACCUUGAAUUUACAUACGGCUCACGAGUGUAUAGAUUAAUUAAUGAACCAGUUAUAAAUAUUUUGAAGGGUCUAAAACAGCUGGAUAUUAGAUAA